ACUAUUUGCCAUAAGCUUCUUAUAAGUAUGUGCAGAAAGUGUUUUAGAAAAAUGUAACCAUUCACACAAUGACUGGAACAUCUCACACAGCAUAUGAUGUUGUGGGUUGCAGCACAAUAACCGCUUCCUUGACUCUAAUCAUACAACAACAUGACAAGAGGAGCAUAAACCAGCCUUCUGUCAGUUGAAAAUUGACCUUAAACAGCCACAAAGAAAACAUCACACCGUGGUGAAGGCGGUAAGUGACAUUUUUGAAUUUUAAAUUUGUGCUGAAAUUAGCUAAAGUGAGCAGAAACAAUAUAUUUUUUUAGGAUUUAGGGUCUAAAAUUUGAGCGGGUAUCAAUUCUGAUACAGAACAGUCCAUACGUGCAAUUUAUAUCGAUCGGACUUCAUGUUUAUUAAAAAUUGACUUUUUAGCUUCAAACUUAAAUUUAGUAAUCUACAGUAUGUAAAUCUAAUUAAAAUGGAAAUAAAAUGUAACAUUCAUUUGAUUUAUGUUUUACAACAGAAAAACAAUGAUUUCCAUCGGCAUGAUCUUCACCGCUCUGGCAACAACAACUCUGGCAACAGCAGCCCUGGCAGAAGGAUCUACCGAAUGCAAUUUCUCUGAACCUACUGGAGUUCAGCUCUGUUUCGGAGCAGUGGGACAGCUGUUGAUUUUUCAUCUGACAAAUACAGCAAAUACAGAUAUUAGGUUGAAAAAGGAUGACAAAUAUAUUAUUCUAAACACAAAAAAACAGAUAGUGACUCGGCAUGCAGAUUAUGUGAAUUUGCCUGACCUCUUCACCAAUGGAACAAUCAAACUGGGUAACGCAAUGAAGAGUCAUUCUGGAGAUUACCUGUUGGAAGAAUAUCGAUCUAAUGGUACUUUACUGAAAAAAGUGAAUGUGCAUCUAGAAAUACAAGCUCCAGUGUCAAAGCCAGCUGUUUCCCAGAUGUGUUUGUCUCCAGAACAGAUGAACAUCAGCUGCUCCUCCGAGGGAGAUGGAGUAGAGUUCAAUUGGACCUUGAACGGUGUCUUACUGGUGCCGACCAGAGGCUACAGCCAGUUCCCGAGCAACAUGACAGAGAACAUCGAGUCACCGACAGGGGACCAAACUGAACGAGACAAACCGAGUGUUUCAAAUGUUACCAUCAGCUUCCUCGGUCAGCAGACAGGAAACUUGAUGUGUGGUGUUUGGAACAAUGUCAGCAGAGAUGAAACAGUUUUUCAUCUGGCAGGCUGUAAAGCUUUCUUUUCUCACUCCCCUGUUGUUGUGGCUGUACGAGCUAGUGUUGUCACACUACUUCUUUUGGCUUUGUGUCUUGGCAUCUGCCAUGUGCAUAAGAAAACAAGACCAACGGCUGUUAAUGAAGUCGGAGUCAUGUUUUUACAUUCUGAAGCAGAGGCAUAAUUUCACCGAAAGCAUCACUUCACCGGGCCUCAAGUUGAUAUUUCAAAGUAGUUCCACCUAAAGUACUCAUUGAGCUGUGAGGUGACCUGUGAAAGAGCACCUCCUAUUGAACAAUUUGAGCACUGACAUAAUGCAUACAGUACUGAAGAAUUGUUUGAAGUUGCUAAUUUGAAAGGCAAUGCUCUGUCUGUUCUGAGUAUACUGUAUAACAUUGCCUUGGUGUUGCUUUUCUUACAAGUGUGUAUUUCUUAAAAUAAAAUAAUUCUACGUUGAAAAUGUAUGCAAAAACAUUUCCUCCUAAUUCUUGUUGUUAAUUAAUGCCUGGUAUUGUGUUGUUACUGCCUCUAAUUGACUGUUAAUUAAAUCAAAAGAUCUGCAAAUGUAAACAUUU